CUUCACCGUAUCCAGGUUGAUCCAAUCUCUGGCGAUGACUGAAGCGGUGGAGGCCAUCAACAAGUCCCCCAUGCUGAAUGGUCUCACAUUAGGCUACAAGAUCAUGGACACGUGCUCUGAUGUGACCACUGCACUGCAACACACCGAUAUCUUCAUGGAUAAAAAUUGUGGCAGCACUAAUUCAUUGUUUCAGGCUGUUAUUGGAGAGUACCAUUCUGAGGUUUCCAUUGCUGUGGCGAGGUAUCUGACCAUGGGUUAUAUGCCACAGAUCAGUUAUGGUUCAACAGCUGGGGUUUUGAGCGACAAAACCCGUUUUCCGACAUUCAAGAGGACUGUCCCGGAAGAUGACCACCAGGCUAAAGCAAUCACCAAAAUUUUGAGGUACCACAACUGGACUUGGAUUGGCAUAAUAGCCACAGACGGAGAUUACGGCCGAUACGCCGCAGACCAACUUGAGGCACAUGCCAUUAAACAAAAUAUAUAUGUGUCAUACCGAGUUGUGCUCCCUGAUUUUCUCAACGAUGAAAGCUUAGAUUCCAAACUCAAUGAAACUAUCGAAAAAAUCGCAAACACUUCAAAAGUUCAAGUCAUUGUGUCUUUUGCCAAAUCUCACCACAUGUCUUGUUUGUUCAAUAAACUAACUCCCAAUGCAUCUGGACGUUUCUGGAUCGCUGGUGAUAGCUGGUCCACGUCACUCAAUGUGCUAGACAAUCGUCCCUUGAAUGAAGUUGGAAAAAUUCUUGGAAUAAUCCCAUUUUCAGGGAACAUCUCUCUUUUCAGAAGAUACCUAGAUAAUCUGGAUCUAAACCCUGACUCACAAUCAAACAACACUAUCCUGCAGUACUUCAUCAAAGGAGAGCUGAACAAAAGCAGAACCAUCAAAGAAAUAAGAGAAACCCUGCAGAAAGCUGUAAGUCCUAGUGCAGUGUUUAGUGUACAGUUGGCUGUGAAGUUUGCUGCUAAUGCUAUUAAAGACAUCUGUUCUCGAAAAAUCUGCCGUGGAGGCUUUGAUAUUCAACGCUCUGAGCUAAAUGAUGCCUUGGCAAAGACCAUGUUCACAAUAGAUGAUGAGAAAUAUUCAUUCAGCAAAUCUGGAGAUUUGGAUACUGGUUAUGAUAUCAACAUUUGGGAAGCAGCACUUGAAAAAAAUGCUGAACUGGUCAACAAUGUGAAACUGAAGACUGUGGCACGCUACAUGAUCAAGAAUGAAAGCAUGCUUUUCUUGAAUGACACACAGAGAAAUCCUCUGGAAGAUUUCACAGGUCGUGUGAUUUCGCAGUGCUCUCCAAGCUGUCAACCUGGAUUUAGAAAGGUUUUUUCUGUAGACAAGCCCAUCUGUUGCUAUGAGUGUGCCAAGUGUCCAGUAAACACCUUUUCAAACCAAACAGAUGCACAUGAAUGUAUAGACUGUCCAAAGAAUUUCUGGUCUAAUGAGAACUCCACCACUUGCACUCCCCAAAAGCAAGUUUUCCUGUCCUGGAAAGAGACAUACUGUGUCGCCUUAGUGGUGUUUGCUUGUCUUGGCCUCCUUUUGACACUGAUUGUGAUGCUGGUGUACUUAGUCAGAUGGGAUACCCCGGUGGUCCUCGCAGCCGGGGGUCCCAUCUCCAUCCUGAUCUUGCUGUCCCUGCUCGGGACGUUCACCAGCGCCAUCUUGUUUGGUGGGAAGCCCACAGGCAUACAGUGUAAAACCGGACAGGUGCUAUUUGGCCUGAGCUUCACCCUAUGUGUCUCCUGCAUCCUGGUCAGGUACUUUAAGGUACUGCUGGUCUUCCAGAAUGAUUCCGCUGUCAAACAGGUCAUGAAGAAACUCUUCCUGCCCUACUGGAUCAUUGGUAUUUGUGUGCUUAUCCAGGGCAUCAUCUGUGGUCUCUGGUUGUGGUUUGAACCACCCAAGGCUUCUAAUAGCUCAGUGAUCAGGUCUGAACUUGUCUUCCAUUGCGAUGAGGGGACAGGGCUAUACUUCGGACUCAUGCUGGCCUUCAUUAGCCUUCUGGCUCUGGUGUGCUUUGGAUUUGCCUUCCUGGGACGGAAGCUUCCCCAGUGCUAUAACGAAGAGAGGUGCAUCAGCAUCAGCAUGCUCAUCUACAUUAUCAGUUGGGUGGUGUUUGCCCCCAUUUAUGUGAACAUAGUUCAUAUUACCCAGUACAAAUCUGCCAUUCAGAUGAUUGUGAUGCUCUUUUCUGCAUACGGGAUACUCAUCUGCCACUUCAUGCCUAAAUGUUACAUCAUCCUAUUGAAAAGCGAGAAGAACACCAGAGAGGCUUUCACAAGGGGCAUUCGGGAGUUCACCAGACGCUUCAACAGAAGUUCACGAGUGGAUCGGCAUAGAGCUGGACUCGACCGGCCAGAAAGUGCAUUUACUAUUGACUCUGGAAUCGAGAAUAUAAUAAAUGGGGUGUACUCAAAUCCCUUCCCAACAAGCACUAUUUCUUCAUUUCACCUGUCCAUAGAUAAUCUGCCCCACGAGGUCAGUGUGUCUGGAGAUUCCUUGUACGAGUUUUCAGUGUCCUCUGGAUCUUCAGCAGAAAUGAAUGAGGAAAACCAGCAACAACAGACUUUAAGCGGCUCCCAAAAACUCCUCCAAAGGAUUAAGAAUAACCGUACUGAGCUCAAAAGGACCUUAAGUGUCCCGAAUUUUUAAGCAAUAAUUUUUUU